AUGAACAGGGGUAGGAUUAGUGGUCCCACUUCAUCCAGGAGGUCAUCAAGGACAUCUCCAGAAGCGGCUGGAGAGGACCACCAGUCGUCCGACAAUAGUUAUACUUUUCCAGGACGUAGUACUUCUCCAGGCAAUACACAUACAAGAACAUCGACGUCUAGUACAACAUCUGCGACUACUCGCAAGACGUGGUCCACAGUUCCUCAUACAUCUGAUAUUAUGGCUACAAGAAAUUCAUCUCAAGAUGCAUCUUUUUGAGGCCCUUUUCAAGGGAAAAACGUCUCAAAGAUGCCACCUUUCAGGAUGAAAAAUAAUAGUAGAGUUAAGGUCUAAUUCUGAAGAUCAUAGAUCCUGGCAGACAGAAGUAGAGACCUCGACGGGAACAACCUUUGGGCCUAGUGGCAGCGGAGGAGGCACUAGCAGGACUCAACAGGUUGACAUCGUGGCAAACCUCGCCUUGCGAGAGUAUUUGCAAGACUUGACAGGAGGAGACGAAGGAGUGAAUGUAAUAGAGAACUUGCAAUUCGCACGUCCGGGAGAUAUUCUGGAAGAGGAAAACGGAGAUAUUCUGGAAGAUGAGAAUUUUGAUAGGCGACCUCACGAAGAUCAUGAUGAACAGUUAAGCUUAAGGCUGAAAAUAUUUCAUUUCUAAAAGUCAUUUUUUAUUUGGUUUCCUUCGUACUAGGAAGCUAUAAGAGAGUGUGAGACUCACACCAAGAAAAUGAUAUAUAAGUGCUUUGGGCUCAUCUAAAACAGGAUCUCGCCGCAGGGGAUGAGGAGGACGAGGUAGCUGUAUUACUACGACAGGGAGCUGAAGAGGACGUAGUUACCGCUGGUUCGUCCAACUUCAAAGAGGAAGAGGAAGAUGGGACAACUAUCAACUUCAUUGACGUAUCUGCAGCCCAAAACGCAAUACGGAACCUCGGAUUGUCAACCUUCGGUGCUGACGAGAACGAGCCGU